UGGAUGGUAUCUAUGAUAAUAAAACCAUAGCUACUUUAUAUGAACCUUGGGAAUUUUAUGCUGAAUUUAUUCCUGAAUGGUAUAAAUUUGUAGUUGAUAUAAAUAUGGAUAAUAUAAAAUCUGGCCCGAACUCAUACGCUUCUACUAGUUCUUAUAUUAAUGCUCCUAGCAGCUAUUAA